AUUCCGUCGUCGGCAUGUCACGCCUAGACAUGAACAUGCAAGGUGACAGCAUGCAGCCGAUGAACGUAGUCAAGGCAGCCCGAGGCGGUAAGUGUGGGGUGAAUCAUGUCGUCGAGACCAAGCAUUUGCUGGUUCGAAUCCUCCCGUGUCCGCUCCGGGAUGGCAAGUUGCGCCGAAUGGUUGUCCCUUGUCGCCCGUGGCACACACUGCCCGGCAAUCACGUCGCGAUCCGGCUUACAGUCAUGCGUUUGGUGGGCUUGGCUGGCGCUCGCUCGUUUACGUCAUCGUGCGACGACUCGCCGCACGAUUGUUCCAACAGUGUGGGUUUGCCCAUGCAGUGCAUGGAUGCAUGCUUCCCAUGUCGUCCUGAAUGGCAGACACAUAUAGCUCGCGACAACAGCGACAUGAACGAGCGAGACAACGACGCCCCGAGCCCCUUGAGGGGGUUUGUGCUGAAGUUCAUUUGUGGCGCAGCAGUUGGCACCGCAUCUGCUUACGCCGUUAUGAGAGCAGCACUUGUCCUUGAAGGAGUUGUCUUGUGCGUCCACGUCGCAUCCGUUGUGAGGAUCCUUGGGCUGCAGUGGCACAUGGUUGAGACCGACUUGACGGUCAAGUACAUCGCCGACGAUCGCAUUCAGUGGCGCAAGCUUCGACACGAUGCGAUGGAAGCUCUUGGCAUGAACGAGUCGUCGAACCUCUUCCGCGCAUGUGAAAAAAUUCUCGCGCUACACGAGUGGCUCACGGCCAACUGGUAUUCCAGUACGUUUGUCCGACAUAACCACCAAGGCCCUCCCAACCACCACCUUUUUUCCAGUGGAGUUUGCCGCGGGCGUGAUGUUGUCGGACCAUUGGAUAUGAUGGUCAACCCUUCGCGGGCCCUCAUUUUCAGCAACCCGCCAGCGUUCCAUGCCAACGACGCCUUCGUCCUGCAACUGCGUCGACGUGCCGUUAAUGCGACCCACAGCAAUAGCACGACAUGCCCCGUCAACCUCUUGAGAGUCGUUUAGGCCCUAAAAUGUGCGCUCAAAUUCGAGUCGGCACGUGAACUUGG